UAAUUGUGGAGGACGCACAACAGAUUCGAUGUAUAUAUAUGCUCGAAGCCUAGCGCACACAGUCUGCCUCCCGUCUGCCCCACCACGUAACCCACAGCAGGUCCUCGAGCCAUGUCCGUCGCACGAGUGGUCAAAGUCGUUCCCGGUCGCACUGUGUUCUUCGUGUGCGAUCUACAAGCGAAGUUCAGACCUGCCAUUCAUGCCUUCGGCAGUGUUGUUGCAACUGCGACUAAGAUGCUGAAGAUGGCGAAAGUUCUCGAUGUCCCGGUUCUAGUCACAGAGCAGAGUCCACGGUCUCUUGGACCGUCUGUCCCCGAGCUGGAGUUCUCGCAGCUUGGACAGCUACAUCUAGGGACGGUCUCGAAGUCCGCCUUCACCAUGUUUACACCAGAGGUCAGCAAGAUCUUGACCGAUCGCCAGUUGAGGUCAAUUGCGAUCUUCGGCAUCGAGUCGCACGUCUGCGUUCUGCAGACGACACUCGACCUUCUAGAAGCCGGGUACGAUGUUCACGUCAUCGCGGACGGCGUGUCUAGCUGCAAUGCGGAAGAGGUGCCGCUUGCGCUGGAGAGAAUGCGCCAAGCCGGUGCUCAGAUAACGACCAGCGAGAGCAUCGCUUUCCAGCUACAACUCGAUGCGGCUCGUCCAACCUUCAAGGCAUUCUCGUCGGUCAUCAAGGAUGAGAAGGAGACCACUAAGGAAACCCUUCAGACUUUGCUAUCGCCACACACGAAACGGAGCAUGCUAUGACAUGACGCAUCGAAUCUGGAUUGCAGCCAAUAUAGCCCCUCGUACAGCGUCAAAGACACUCUUGCGCGUUGUGUCUCGUAUGUCGCUGAUCGCACGGCCGGGGCGUUGGAGUCUUAGGGAGAGCAACGUUCUUGUAGGCUUCGUCACAUUGGACGUUCAGACUUCAAGUUUAAGCCUCCCACAAUCUGGCCGCUGGGCGUCAGAGAUCGAAUAGACAAUGUAGCAUUGUGAAGCAAUAUAACAACCUUCGAUGACCAGGGAUGGGGUAUCAUUCUAGAGAUAGUCAUGACGAACCAGUGCCCGAAGUGUGUCAGUCAGUGUCCAGCCAGAAAACAUCAGCCUAGAAGACCUGUCUCAUCCCCUCGAGAGGCAUAGUCUCUACCAAAGCUUUUGCCGCAUAGCAGUAUCCCUGCGGUGACUUGAUACCAAAACGUGCAUGGAGUUCCUCUC